CUGCCUGCUUCCUCUCAGCCUCUCACGCCGGACCAGCCUCCACACAACGUCUGUGUGUGUGCAUCCCGACCCACGCUGCACCUCGGAACUCCUCGGACUGAAGAGAAAUAAAAAAAAAGAGAAAUCAAAAAAAAAAAAAGCAAAGAUGGAGAAAAAGAGCGAGAUCAACGGCCACGCCAUGCCCAGCUCGGCGUCCACAGACCGGAUCGUGCAGCAGGAGAAGAGCGCCCGGAGGAGCUGCUCGGAGAAGCUGACGGAGUUCCUGAGGAAGAACCUGCUGGUGAUCAUGACCGUGUCCGGCGUGCUGGUGGGCGUCGGGCUCGGCACGCUGGUCCGCGGCAUGGACCUCACCAAGGCGCAGAUGACCUACUUCGCCUUCCCCGGAGAGAUGCUGCUGCGGAUGCUGAAGAUGAUCAUCCUGCCCCUGGUCGUCUGCAGCCUGGUGUCCGGCGCCGCCAGCCUGGACACCCGCUCCCUGGGCAAACUGGGGGGCAUUGCGGUCGCCUACUUCCUGGGGACCACGCUGAUAGCCUCCGGGAUCGGGGUGGCGCUGGCCUUCAUCAUCAAGCCCGGCGUGGGUGCGGGGUCCCUGAGCCUGGGGCUGGAGACCGUCAGCAACGACAAGGAGACCGCAGACUCGUUCCUGGAUCUGGCCAGGAAUUUAUUCCCAGCGAACUUGGUGGCUGCUGCUUUCCGUUCUUAUGCCACUGACUACAAGAUGGUUGCCGUAGGGAACGACACCAAUGGGACAACCCUUUAUCAAAAGGUCCCCUUUGGUACCGAAACAGAUGGCAUGAACAUCCUAGGUCUGGUGUUAUUUGCCAUGGUGUUCGGCGUGGCGCUGAGGAAGCUGGGAGAGGAGGGGGAAGAACUCAUCCGGUUCUUCAAUGCUUUCAACGAGGCCACCAUGGUGCUGGUGUCCUGGAUCAUGUGGUAUAUCCCUUUUGGCAUCAUGUUCCUGGUGGGCAGUAAGAUUGUGGAGAUGGAGGAUAUGGUUAUUCUGGUCACCAGUCUGGGGAAAUACAUCUUUGCUUCAAUCCUGGGCCACAUCAUCCACGGGGGCAUCGUUCUACCCCUCAUCUACUUUGCCUUCACACGCAAGAACCCCUUCAGUUUCCUGUCGGGCCUCAUCACGCCCUUCACCACGGCCUUCGCCACCUGCUCCAGCUCAGCCACUCUACCCUCCAUGAUAAAAUGCGUGGAGGAGAACAACGGCGUGGACAAACGCAUCAGCCGCUUCAUCCUCCCCAUCGGGGCCACCGUCAACAUGGACGGGGCGGCCAUAUUCCAGUGUAUCGCGGCCGUCUUCAUCGCUCAACUCAACAAUUUUGAGCUGAACGCUGGGCAGAUUUUCACCAUCCUGGUGACAGCGACAGCCUCGAGUGUAGGAGCAGCAGGCAUCCCAGCCGGCGGCAUCAUCACCAUCGCCAUCAUCCUGGAGGCCAUCGGCCUGCCGACCAACGACCUGUCACUCAUGCUGGCUGUUGACUGGAUUGUGGAUCGCACAACCACGGUGGUGAAUGUGGAGGGUGACGCCCUGGGUGCCGGAAUCCUCCACCACAUCAACCAGCAGGAGAUGAAGAAGCAGCAGGAGCAGCAGCAGCUGGAAGGGGAGCUGGCGGAGGUCCGGGUGGAGGCGGUGGCCAACGUCCAGGCGGAGGAGGAGACUUCGCCUCUCGUCACGCACCAAACCAAAGCCUCGGCUGCCAUGCCAGAAGCCAUCGAGUCUGUCCUGUGAACUCAGCGAGACUUUUAGUUUCUUCUUGCCCCCUGACCUUUUUGACCUUUCGGUACUUCUGAUGUUGCUGCUGACGGGACACCAAUCUGAUUCGGUGUCCUUUCAAAAAAACAUGGUCACUGAUGGUUGUGCCAUAGUAACAGUCCGUCUCUGAAGCAUAGACAGUCUACAGUGUACCUUGUGGUGCUUUGUGCUUAGAAAUUCGGUCAAUUGUUCUCAAUAAGUGGGUUUCCAUUUAAGAAUUUUUACCCAGAUAAGAAUACAAAGAAUUUGUCUAAUUAUUAAUUCGGAAAGCAAUUCCUCAAUUUAGCUAAAAAGUGUUGGUUUUUUUCACUAGAAGUAUCAUUUCUUGUAUUUUUAUUUUAUUUUUUUAAUUCAUGUAAAAUACCCCUUAAACAUUCCCAUUAACGUCGUAGUUGUGUUUGUCUGGUAUGCUGUGUGAGAUGCUCACGGCCAUACGUUUGUACAUUAGAGCAUCGUCAGGCGCGUUUCUUUGUUUUUAUCUUUGGACAGCAAAUACAAAGACCAACAUUACCCGUAGAACACUAAAAACGCCAAAUGCUGUUAAGCUUUUGUCAUAACUAAAUUACACGAUUAUGGUGCAUGUUCAGAAUGAAAAAAGGACUGUUUGGGCCCAGCUUUAAGAAAAAAAUAGAUUUCUUAAUGCACAGAGUUGUUAAGAAGAUGUGCCCGGGCUUUUAUUUGCUGACCGUCAGCAGACAGUGUCAAACAUUAACCCCCUUAAAUGACUGGUUAAGAAUUUGGCCUCAUGCAACCUGUUUAUCUAUUGAAACACUGCUCCUUUUUGGUACAGCAUUUUGAACAUUGGACCAUUUCAAAUGGUGUCUUUAUAUGCAUUAUUCGUGUUAUAUCCCCCAACUUAUCCUAUUUACCCUUGAGUAAACAGAGCGUUGGGGUUAUUAAGAGAACCAUGGCUCUCUCUCCUAUAGGCUUACUAUUGAAAAAGAUCUCACAAAAAGCCAAGUGAAAACGUGAAAGGGCACAUAACUUAACCUGCCUUCGUUUCCCAGCUGAUAUCGGCAUUUUCCAAGCUUCUAAUUUUGUAAUGAUAGCAGUUUAUGGUGGCUUGACAAUUUGCUUGUUGAGUCUGUAUUGCUUGUUGAGUCUGCUACACACUGACCAUCUCAGCUAGCUAGCUACCAAAAGUUUCAAAAUAUAUCAGCAGUUUUUGAAUUGGGCUAGUAAACUCUAAAAAUGUGUGUUGGCAUCUGUCUUACUAAUUUUUUACAAAAUACGUUACACAAUCAGCUAACUAUGAUUGUUGCUCUUAUUUCUUAGCAAAUGUUUGCUUAGCAAAUAUAUCAGGUGUUUCGACUAAGUUGCCGACCUGACACUCGCGUUAGCUAGCGUUUGCUACAAACUUAACAGAUAGUUUGAGAGAUUGAUUUAUGUUGAAAAGAUCAGCUCCCAGUCAAAAACAGAACAGAUAUAUAUAUAUAUCUGUUCUGUUUUUAACCAACCUUAUAUAUAUAUAUAUAUAUAUGUCCAGUCCUGUUGGGAUAGCAAACAACAAGCUAUGUAAAUGCAACCCGCUGUUGUUGUCCAAAAGCGGAAGACCUUCAACAUGGUGGAGAGCUUUUUAAGGGCAUAGAAGGUAUAGAGGGUUACCUACAGGUUGAGAAACCUAGGCGGGUGAUGGUUAAGCACUGACCUCCAAUAGUUACGUCAAGUGUACUUGAAUAAUUACGGUUAGUCAUAAGGUUAUUGACCUUGAAUGGUUACGGUUAGGAAAUGACCUUGAAUGGUAAAGUUUAGGGAUUGAACUCAAAUGGUUAAGGUUAAGCAUUGACCUCCAAUGGUUAAGGUUAAGCAUUGAGCUCCAAUGGUUAAGGUUAAGCAUUGAGCUCCAAUGGUUAAGUUUAAGCAUUGAGCUCCAAUGGUUAAGGUAGCAAGGAUUAAGAGUUUUCCCAUGUUUUUUUCAAUUUGUGGCCUACCUUCUAGACAUGGCCCUUGAUGAGCUCACAGGAUCCUGUUAAAACAUAAGCACGGGAUAUUAUAACAGUUAAUCAAACGCUAGUUUGCAAAACUGUUUGUUCAUGAAAACACUCCAGUCUCCCUUUAUAAAGAACAGAUAUUCAAUUUACGGUUGUCAGUAAGGUCAGCAGCUCAGGAUUAAGAAAUCCCAGCAAAUCCACAAGGAAUUCACACAAAAAUCAAAGCUUCAUCAAAUGUUUACACGCAAGAACUGGACCAAAAUGCACGAUGAGUUCACAAUCCUAUUGUGCAUCAUUAUUCUUUGAUUGUUUUUUCUCUAUUUAGUUUUUCAGAGGCUUGCAUCAUCAUAAAAGCCUGCACAUAUAAGAUGUGUGUUUUUCGUAUUUUAAUUGUUUUAAAAGCUGAAGUGUGUUUCAGAACAUCCCAAGCUAUGUCACAGGCCCUGACUUUUCACCAAACCCUUUUCCUCUCCUAUUGGCCAUAUUUUUAUGCCAGAUAUUAGCUCAAUAACUGAUCUCUUACAGCUUAUUUUCAAUUCAGUCUCUGUGAUAAAUUCUAAACUGUGGUUGCUACUGUAGAUAAUGCUAAAGGGAGAAGUAAACUGCCAAAUUUCUGAUGGUUUAAAGAAAAAAAUCUCCCUUUAGGAUACACAAAUUGACUUAGAAUGAGCCUCUGCUGUCCUCUAGUGGUGGACAGGCUUUAAUGUGAAAGUAGGAAACCGAGGGUGACGUGUCUCAGAGCUUUGUUGGACCAUUUUUGUGUCUGUUUUAAACACUCGACGGUCUUCAGCUGGCUUCAUGUAAUGAAAACUGUGGUAUUAUUUCUUAUUUAUUUCAUCAAACAUUCAUGGGGAACAACUGGUGAUGUGGCUGCUCCUGUGAUGUUAUACUGUAUUUGAAGAGGUGAAGGAACAUCAUGUAUGUGAACGUGAGCUUGGUGCUGCUUUAGUUUUGUAUCAUGGCGUGUAUGUUGACACUGUCUGCCAUAAAGAGGAAGUAAACUAUUUCUUACUUUACAUUUUUAGAAUCAACAGAUUACUUUUCUAAGCUAACAACUACUCUGUUAACCUAAAGCUUUGUCACUAUAUUUUGUUGAGUAUAUCUGCUACAGUCACAUGUGAUUACACAUAAUGUACUUUAUACACAUACUUAUAUAUUUGAUAUUAAUUUAUUGUAAUUCUUUGUACUUUCUCCUUUUAACACUUUCUCCCAGUGUUUUUUUUUAAUAUGAUGUGAUUUUUAAUGAACAUUUUUGCCAGUAUUUCUGAUAAACCCAGCUGUCGCUUUGGAUAAAAGCGUCUGCUAAAUGACUGUAAUGUAAUGUAAUGGAAAAUGUAAUGUCAGCAAUGUACUUUAAUUCCUGUUGUGUUUUAUUUUAUUUUAUUUUAGGAGUAGCUGCUGCCUUGAUGUGCCAUGUCAAUGUCUAACACUGUUAACAGCUGUCUCUUUGCUGUUGGUCAUGCUGUCUGUCAAUAUUAAAAGUGAAACCGAACAUUUUUCAUGCAACCCAAA